ACCGUCAGAUGUUGCAAAAGCGUUUUCGUAAGCACGUCCUCCAAGUCGCCCUGUGUGGAGGUUGAAUUGGACUAGUUACUAAUUUAGAAGACUUUAUCAUAACUAAAAAAAGCAUUAAAGACAACUGAAACUGUCGCACAAAGGGAAACAAGGCGUCAGCGUCUAUUUGGUUGUGAUUCACCUUAUCAUAGGUGUUUUUGUGUCAUUAGCGGAGGCCUAGCAGUUAGCUAACGUGACGUUUCUUUACCGGUGUGCAGGAAAACCUCUCAGAUGAGCGUUUUCUUCCACUGAACAGCCGUGGUUCAGUAAGCCUUAAGUCAAAAUGCACUCCGACCUGUCACCUCACCUGCACACAGAUGAGUGCAAUGAACUGAUAGGCCUUCUGAAGCAGUGUCACAAUGAGCACAGUUUCCUUAAGUUUUUUGGCAAAUGUAAUGAUGCGGACCGUGCAAUGCGCCGCUGCCUGAAGAAAGAGAGAAUAGAAAGGCAGGAGCGCAACAGGCAGCAUGCACUGGAGAUGAGACAGAGAUUGAAAGAAGGACUCAAAAAGGAACUUGAAAAUUAAAAAAGUAGUGUAUUUUUCUAACUGGCUCUGAAAGUUCAAUACAUUCAGAUAUUUAGCCACAAAUUAACCAGGAGACUUCCACUGUUGCUUUUCUGUUGCAGCAGGGGAAGGUUUGGAAUUAUGCCUCAUUGUAAUUUAGUUAUGUGUUUWAUAUUAAAGAUGAAAACUACCUCCUCCAUUAGGGAGGUGGAUAUUGCUUUUAUUCCCAUUUGAUGGUGUUAAGACUGCAAGCAACACAAAAACUACCAGGCCAGUUUUGUUUUUAAGACUCACUGAAGAAUUUCAGCAAAAAUAAACUAUUAUGCUUUCAUGUGCAACUGUCUUUUUUCAAACAUAUUUAAAUAUUGAUAUAUUUUUUGCUGCAUAUUUGUACAUCCUGAAAGAGUUGACUGUUUGACUUUGCAGAGCUCAUUGCUGUUUCAGUGCGCAGAUUUUGAUAAAUGAAAGAAAGCUAUUGGAAUCAGGCACCAUUAUUGAAAUUUCAACGGAUUAUUAUCUUUUCUUGGUCACAUUUGACAUUUAUCAUCUGCACUGAUUCAGAAAGUAGCUGUGUUACCAUAAAAAACACCACCAAACCUUUCAAAGUAAAGCUGCAUUUGCUUCAUUAGCAGUUUUCAGCCGCUCCACCAAAGAGAUUAAUUAAGAUGUGGGCAUAAUCCUGUCAGCAAAUCAUAGAGCCUGGUGGCAGAAUCCCUCAGGUGUGUUUUAAUUGUCAUAAACUGCUCUUGAGAAUAUAAUAGUGCGUUUUCAAUUAAAAAAAAAAUCAUCUGUGAACAUAAUAAAUGUUUGGAAUUUUGUUUGAAUGUGGAAUCAUUGAUUCAAGAAUCCUUGAUUUGAAAUAAAGUGAAAUUCUUGCUCAGUGUCAGACACAA